AUGAAUUCACUCUUUAUGAUAACUUAUUAUGUAACAUUUACUAUUGCAGAGUUAAUCUCAAUUUAAAAGGCUAUACUACUAGAAAAUGAAAAGGUAUUCUCUCUUAAUCAAAUUAUUGUAUUUCCACUUAAUAAUUAUCAAAAUAUUCAAUAUCUUGAUUCCAUUGAGUUUCCAUUAAUUGAAUUAAAAGACACUAUUAUAAUUAGAAAUUAAUUUUCUAUUACAAAUAUACAAUCUAUAAUUAUUAAUGAUAAUGAUCAAUUAGCAAUUAUGACAAUAAAUAACAAUGAAAUGAUAUGUAUAAUUUAAAUUAAUACAUAUUUAAUCGAUGGGGAAUUAAGUUAUUAAAAUUGCACAAUUAAUUUUAAAUUUUAACUAGAGAAUUGUUCCUAGGUUUAUUAAAUUUCAAAUAAUAGACUUAUUAUAUUAUGCUUUCAACAUUCAAAAAUAAUGACUCUUUUAUUGUAAAAUUUCUAAAACUAAGUAAUUAAUAAAUAUGAACUAGAAGUAUCAGAACAAACUUUAAAUUGCAAAUAUCAUUUAAUUAAUUAAGAUGAAAAUAUUAUUAUUUAUUAAACAAAUUGCAAUAUGACUUUAAUUCAUAUCUUCAAAAUUUAAAAUGAAGAUAUAAAAUUAUAUUAUAAUAACUCUAUAUAAUCCCUUUUAUAACUUGAAUAAAAUGAAUUCAAAGAACUAGGGUAAUUAAUCUCAAUAUAAAUUUGCGUUUUUACAAAUUUAAUUAUAUAAUUUUAGUACAACAAAUUUUUGUGUAAAAACAUGAUUUUAGACUGUAUAUACAUAUAUAAAGAAAACCAAACAUUUAAAAAGACUAUUAAAACUUUUGAUUUUUGUUAGAAAAGCCAAAAUCUAUAACGUACUAAUGAAGGAUAUUGUAUUUUAUUCAAUUAUUUAAGGGUUAUUUAAAAACCGACUUCUUAAUGUUGUUAUUGAUGGGUAUGAAGAUUCAAUUUUAGUAAAUAAUAAAUUAAUAAUCUAUUCAAAACAAGAAUUAUAAAUCUUUUUUAGUCAGAAAUUUUCAAACAAAUGGUAGAUUUAAAUUUAAGCUAUCAUUCCAGUUGGAGAUUUACACUAUUUUGCUUUAUUAAACAUCUAAGGGGAAUUGUAAAUUUAUAAAUUAGUCAAUGAAUAAUUUUAUUUCUCAAAUUUUAACUCUACUUCAAAUUAUAUUGUCAAAAGGUAAAUUUAUGAUUUUUAUUAAACAGAAGGAAAUUAUACUGUAAUUAAGAUUGAAGAAUAUGAUUAAAAUAAUCCUCCAUUUCUAAUAAAUAAUUAAAAAAUUAACUUUAAAAUUAGAAAUUUACAAAACAAAUUAUGUUUCUAUAUAAAUUAAAUUUAAGAAUCAAUUCCUUUUGAGAUAACAAAUAUUAAAAUAGAUGAGAGAAAUGUUAAAUAUUAAUAUUAAACUUAAGGAUUUUCAUGCAAAUAUAAUAACAAUAUCCUUUAUAAGAAUUUAUGGUUAAUUGAGGAUAAAGAUCAACGAUAGAUACUAAUUCUUGAAAAUUCUUAGAAAAUUAAUAUCUAUAUUUGUUUUUAAGGAUUAUUAAUAAACAGAUUUAUAAUACCUAUUCAUAUAAAUUAUGUUAAAACAGUAACGAGUUCCGAAUAUUUAUCUUUUUGUAUAAUAUAUCCAAAAGAAUUUUAAUUUUACUAAUUUAAUGAUUUAAGCCUAUCUCAUAAAUCAAUUUCAAUAAAAGAGAAGAUAAAUAAGACAUUGAUUUAUAAAAACGAAAUAAUUUUAAUUUUAGAUAAUUGUAAAUUAAUUUAGUUAAAAUUCAAUGAUUUCAAAUCUACCUUAAUAAAUUUGGACAUCAAUUAUCAUAUUUGUAGUGAAAUUCAAUAUAUUGUGAAUCUGAAUCAUGUAAUAACUUUUGAUUCGAUAAUUUAGUUUAGAGAUGGUAAAAUCAUAACAAUGCUCAAAUAGCCACACAAAAUCUUAUAAGUAGGUUCUUUUUAUUAGUCUAUAAAUUUAGGUAAUAUUAUGUAUUUCGUCAUAUUUUCACAAAAUUAAGAAAAUAUUGAUAUUUCAUUGUAUUAUUCUUAUUUAAAUGAAUCAACCAAACUUUAUAAUUUACCACUAUAUGAAUUUUAAAUUAAAUUUCCUAUUAAUUACGAUUAUUAAGAAUUAUUUUUGUUGGUAUUAGCUUAGAAUAAAUAAGAAAAUGACUUUUUAUUAAUUUAUAAUUGCAGUAGUACUUCAAUCAAAUCUUUAGUUUAGAUUAUAAGAAUUGACAAAGACCAUUAAUUCUUUGGUUUUAUUAAUUCGAAGUUUGAUUUUUUUUUCAUCUAAAAUGGUUCUAUAGUAAUUUAAAAUAUAAAUUAAAUAUGCUUAUAAUUUGAACAUUAUCCUUAUUACACACAUAAUCAUUUCAUAAGUUAAUUCACAUAUGAUUUAACUUUAAAACCAUCAUUAAAAAAAUUAAAAUAAUUAGAAUAAAUAAAAUUUACUUAAAAGUUUAUAAAUAUGAAUUAAUCUUUGUUUCUUUUAAAAGAUGAUUUUGUAAAAAUUGAUUCAUACGGAUAUAUAGAGCUUAUUAAUAUUUAUGGAAAAAUCAAUGAAAUAGAAGUAUUAGAGAAGGAUUAGUUCAUAAUAAUUCCUCCCUUUACAUUAUUUUAAACAAAUGAUAAAAUUUAUUGUUUGUUAUAUAAAAAUAAUUUGUGUAUCCAAUUUGAUUUUACUUUUCAUUAAAUCUAUUUCAAUAUAACUCAAUAAUUUUAAAUAGCAAUUAGUUUAGAUAAUCACUGCAAAAUCUUUUUUGAUUAAAUGCUUGAAGCAUAUCUUAUUAUUGAAAUAGUUGGAAACUUAAUUGAGAAAAAAAUGAAAAUCUUAAAACUUUAAUUUGAUAAAAUGAAUGCUGGUAAUGAAUCAUUCAAUUAAAUAAAGGAAACUACUUCUUUAAUUGAAAUUUAAAGUAAUUAUUAAUUAUAUCUUAGAUAUAGGGAUUAUUGAGGUUUUAAAUAUUAAAGGCUUAAUCAUUAUAGUUAAUGAUCUCUUUGAAAGAUUUUUGAUAUUUUUAUAAUAUGAUAAACUUAUAGAGUUAAAAUUAUAUUCUAUUUAUUUUACCCUAGAUGGAUAUUUUAUUAGAAACGGUACAUAUUUAUUUAUUGCUGCUAAUAAUUUUUAAUUAGAAUUAGUUAUUCAUUCCUAUAAUUACUAAAAUUAAUAAAUGAAGCAAACUACACUAUUUUAUUUUUAAUUAAAUAUUUCAUAGAUGUUGUUAGAUUAUUAUUCCAAUGAUUUUACUUUAGAAUUGAAGUACAUAAAAAUAACAUUUGCUGAUAUUAAUUUAAAUUUACUUUAAGUUAAGGCAUUUUUAUUCUUUACUGAAUUUUUUGCUUUUUCUAUCGAACUUCAUUUUGAUAUUAUGAAAUAAAUUCUAUAAAAAUCAUAUAUUUCCUCAAUAUUUAGAUAUAUUGAAUCAUCAAAAUUUGAAACCCUGCUAUAUCUUGAUGAAUAUUUCAUGGUUAUUAAAGUAUUAGAUAAAUCAAAACCAUUAUUAAUUUUUUACGAAUUAAGUCUAAUUUUAUAAAAAACUUAUCAUGAUUCUAUUUAUUAAGUUAAGGAUUAAAAUUAUACUUUAAUUGAGAAGCACAAUUUAACCCAUCAUGUAAUCAUUUAAUUUGAAAAUGAUGCUCUGCAAAUUAAUUUCAUUUAAUUAUCCAAAUAUUAAAUAAAAUAGAUUAAAGAAUGCAAUUCAUCACCAACUUUAUUAUUAUAAAAUGAUAUUAACAAUCUCAUAGUUUAAACUAUGAUUUUUGAUCAAAAAUCAACAUUUAAUUUUCAAGGAAUCGUUGUGUUCUUCUGCUUUAUUUUUAUUUUAUUAUAUACAAAAAGAAAAAAUAAUUGA